UUUUGACCUCAAAUUAAUCAUCUGAACAGCAUGAAGGCCCGUUGCAGGAAUAAUCCUAUUUAUUCUCUCACCUACUCACCCACCCAGGCCACACGCCGUAAACACUGAAACACACCAAUUCUUCAGAGUUUUUUCGCUCUGAACUUUCUUCAGCAAACAGGCCUGCAUAAGAUAGCUAGCUAGCUACUACUACAUAUACACUAUAUGGUUUUUGGCUGAUCGAUUUGCUAUCAUCCUAACUGGGGUUACAUUACAUAAACAUGGACAGCUUUUGUCUAAUGUUUUCCAGUAGAUUGGUCUCUAGUGUUCUCUUCAUGAUGAUUCCUCUUACCAUGGCGGUCGACAAAUUGGUGUUCAACGGAUUCAGCAACAGCAGUUUGGUGCUUGAUGGUUCAGCUGCCGUCUUACCAAAUGGAAUCCUCAAGCUGGCCAAUGGAUCAUCAUAUGCAUACACAAAAGGCCAUGCUUUCUUCCCUUCUCCCAUCCAAUCGCGCAACUCCACAGAUGGCUCCAUCUUCUCCUUCUCGGCAACCUUUAUCUUCGCUAUGCUUCACACGCUUCCUUUGGAGGAGGGCGAUGGGAUUGCCUUCUUCCUAGCUGCACACACCAACUUCACCGGAACAGGUAUUUCUGGCGACUUUGGUCUUCCUGCUGAAGAUGACAAUGGCAAAUCGUUGGACCAUAUCCUGUCCAUAGAGCUAGAUACCUUACACAAUGAAAGAUUUGGGGACAUCGAUGACAACCAUGUUGGCAUCAACAUCAACAGCUUGAACUCCUCCCAGUCCUCUCCAGCCGGCUACUACACAGAUGAACCCUACUCUAUUUUGCACCCGCUGCGGCUCAAGAGUGGUGAGGAGAUGCAAGUAUGGAUAGAUUACGACCACCGGCGCAUGCAGCUCAAUGUCACCUUAGCUCCAGUCCCCAUGGCCAAGCCCAAGCGCCCUCUCUUAUCUGCAACUCAUAAUCUCUCAAAACUGUUGUUGGACCACAUGUAUGUUGGCUUCUCUUCAUCGUCGUCAGCGGCCUUGUAUAUUAGUGGUCAUGCUCAUGGUCAUUUUAUUGCCGGCUUCUGCUUCAGGCUAGAUGGAAAACCUGCAUCACUGCAAUACUCCAAGCUACCCAAGAUAAACACAUCUGAUCUACCUGAUCAUGUCACCUAUGGUACUGGAAGGGGGAGCUCGAUUUAUUGGCCAGAUUUUUUGACACUUCCAUUGAUAUAUGCCUCAGCUCUUGGUGGUGCAAUAUCGAUGCCUGUUAUCCUCUACCUAAUUGUGAGAAGAUGUCGCAGGUACCAGGAGUUACAUGAAGAUUGGGAGGUCGAGUUUGGCCCGCAUAGGUUCUCAUUCAAGGAGUUGUUCAAAGCUACCAAUGGCUUUGUUGACAAGCAGUUGCUCGGAGUAGGAGGGUUCGGGAAGGUGUACAAAGGAGUGCUUCCAUCAUCCAAAUUGGAGGUUGGUGUCAAGGUGAUGUCCCAUGAUUCAAAACAAGGGAUGAAGGAGUUCGUCGCGGAGGUUGUAAGCAUGGGCCGACUUCGACAUCGGAACCUAGUACAGUUACUUGGAUAUUGCCGUCGCAAGGGUGAACUUCUACUAGUAUAUGAGUACAUGCCAAAUGGCAGUCUUGAUAAGUACUUGUAUGACCAGGAUAAACCCUCGCCGAAUUGGAUUCAAAGGUUUGAGAUCAUCAAGGGUGUUGCAUCAGGUCUUCUCUACCUACACGAAGAAUGGGAGCAGGUCGUCAUCCACCGUGAUAUCAAGGCAAGCAACGUCCUCCUCGACAGUGAGAUGAAUGGUCGACUAGGCGAUUUUGGCCUAGCACGAUUACACGACCAUGGAGUUGAUGCACACACGACAUGUGUGGCAGGGACCAGAGGCUACAUCUCCCCUGAACUAGCGAGGCUGGGCAAGGCGACCAAGGCAACCGACGUGUUCGCGUUCGGUGCAUUCAUCCUCGAGGUCGCCUGUGGCCGUCGCCCGAUAGGCAUGAACUCAUCAGGAGAAUUGCAAGUGUUGGUGGACUUCGUGCUCAGAUUCUGGCAGCGAGAUCUGAUCCUGUGCAUGUUGGAUACCAGGUUGGGAGGAGAGUUUGUGACGGAGGAGGCAGAGCUAGUGCUCAAGCUUGGGCUUCUCUGCUCGCACCCGUCGCCAGCUUCAAGGCCAAGCAUGAGGCUUGUGAUGCAAUAUUUGUGCGGCGAUGUGCUGUUACCGGCGAUGCCGGAGAGUUACCGGAGCAUCCGGAGUUUCAGUGAGAUGCAGGUUGAAGGUGAUCAGCUUGAUGAGAAUCCCUUAUUAAGACAGUAUCUGUCGGUGCAAACGAGUAUAACCGGUCUCUCUGGUGGGAGAUGAUACUGUCAAGUGUCAACAACUAGAGUUUAAUUAGCCGAUACCAAGGAGAAGAGAAAUCUUGAUAUGGAUUAAAUUAAGAAGAGAUUUAGGUAAUUUGAGCCAGAGCAGACCCGAACAGAGGUUUUUAGUUCAGUGAACACACGGGAAGAUCGGCCUCGAUAUAUAUAUUUUGUGAUUUUAUUAUUUUGCGGUUUCAUUUAGACUUAAAGAUACGCUUUAUUUGUGCGUGUAACUACUUUUAUACCGAGCAGGACACAAUAUGCUAGCCAGUCCGAAUUCCAUCGAAACAGGAAUGGAAGCUACGGCUGUGUUUAGUUCCACGUCAAAAUUGGAAGUUUGAAGAAAUUGGAAUGAUGUGACGGAAAAGU